AUGGAGAAUUUCUCAUCAUAUGAUGAAGACGACGGAGACACGGAUGAAGACAAUGAUGAAGAAUAUAUAUCUGAUACGGUCCCGAUGGACGAUAAUGAUGUGGGCCUAGAGGAAGGGGAGUUCAGAAUCCCGGAGGUUGAUAUAGUCAAAGAAUCCAUCGAUGCAACAAAUGAAGACGAUCAAGGAAAUGGAAACGACAUUCAUGGGGAUUGCCAAAAGUCAAGCAUAGGCAUGGAGGUGCAUGAUGAUGCACUUUUCAUUGGCGAAUGGUCGAGGCGUAACAUCGCUAAUCUGGCUCGAAUAUUGAGGCCUUUGAUGAUGAAAGUUAACAUUGAUCCUAAGGAGAUUGUAUCAUGGAACUCGGAUAGUAGAUGUUGGGAAUCGGAAUUUAUGAUUGAUAAUAGAUUCUCUGUGAGUUUGAUAAGGGAUUGCUUUGAAAUGGCGGGACAUAUUGUAUAUGACAGACCUUUUGACUGGAACAAAAUGAUCCCAUUCAAAAUUCUAUGUUUCAUAUGGAGAGCGAAACAGGGCAGAAUCCCUUCUGCAGUUGAACUUAAAUCCAGGGGGAUUACUAUCCCCUCUACUAUGUGUAUUUCAUGUAAGCAAGAGGAGGAGACUAGUGAUCAUAUGUUGAUCACAUGCCAAUCGGUGAGGACCGUGAUGAAUAAAAUCCUUAACUAG